UAAACUUUAUUACUAUUGCGAUUGACUAAAUUUUAUAAUGCCAUAGAAAUAUUAAGUCGACUUGAGCAGAUAGAGACAGUCAUAUAUUCUCUACAAGACGUCAGUCGACUUGAGCAGAUAGAGACAGCUAUAUCUUCUCUACAAGACGUCAGUCGACUUGAGCAGAUAGAGACAGCCAUAUCUUCUCUACAAGACGUCAGUCGACUUGAGCAGAUAGAGACAGCCAUAUCUUCUCUACAAGACGCCAAUGACAAGUCUACAGAUGACAUAUCAGAAAUAAAACAAUGGAGAGACAACUUUGUAACAGAACAGAAUGACAUGGGGGUGAACAUUGAACAACUGACUAAAAAACAAAAGCAGAAUUUUAAAAACUUUAGAAAACAAAUGAAUGAACAAGAUAACAUAGUAAAGGCUCUGAACAAAGAAAAUGAAAGUUUAAAAGAAAAAGAAACCAGUUCAAACAAAACACUAGAGAAACUGUCUUUAGGUAUGAAAGAAUAUGAAAACAACUUACUCGAAAUAACAAAAAAUAUGCAAUUUCACACAGAUAAAACAGAAAGUAUAACACAAGAAAUAAAAAGCUAUUCUGAUUUAAUUGUUUCUUUACAAGAGGAUUAUAAUAAAACCAGGGCAAAUGUAUCAACCAAAUUUGAGAAGUUACAAUUCAAGCACAACCUGAUGUACCAACUUCUACAGCAAAAAUUGAUGCCCAUUGACAGAUUGUUUCAAAUAUUUAACCAGAACUUAGAAACUAGAGAAGAAAGAUCAAAGAAGCUGGAAACUAUGGAAAAUGUUAUGUCAAAGUUGACUAUGGAUUUCAAUGUAAUCGAGUCACGUGUAUGUAACAGAUAUGCUUGUUAUGUACAACUCGCUCAACCCACACGUGUCAGAGGUGGAUCAAUUAUUUCAACAUUUAAAGAAGUACUUGAAUAUAACGGUCAACAUUUUAAUCAAAGAACAGGAAAAUUUGUAUCACCACAUGCUGGUUUAUAUCUUGUCUGUGUUACUCUACAUGAAUGGGAAGAUAAACGGAUUGUAGUUACUGUGAUGUCUGGAGGCGGGUGGUGUGAGUUUAUAGAAGUGAAAUGUGCCGACACUAGCGCUGCUGGGUCAGUGGUUGUUUACUUGAAGAAAGGUCAAGAACUUUUCUUUACUACGUAUAGAGCAGAUCAAGGCGCAAUGUUAUCAGGCUUCAGUAGUUUUACUAUCGUUAGAUUAUAGAUGCACAUCAUCAAACAUGGUGAUUGGAAAGUUAUGUUAAAAAAACUAAUGUAAAAAAACUAAAUGUGUAAGCCAACGUUAUUAAACUUGUAUGUGUUUAGAAUUCAUGUCAACUCUAUGUUUACCUUACACAAUUCUAACCAAUACAACACGAUCAGCAUGUAUGCGUUUUAUUAGGCUACUCUCUACUUACCUAUUUAACUUUGAACACAAUAUGAUAACUCUGGUUUAAUGCGGAUAACUUAAGUUACGUUUUAUCUUUGUAUCAACAAGAAUCGUUCACCCGAAACAGAAACCAAACAUGAAAUAUAAUGUACAGUGAUUUAUUAAAAGUAUCAUUCACUCUGCUCAUAUACAGUUAAAAGUUACUACUCUUUUUGUUGUUACUUUUUUCCUUUAUUUAUAUUUUUUUUCAAAAUUCAACACAAACAUGCAUGCAAUGGUUCAAAAUGUUAGGAAACGAGAAAGUAUCUGAAAAAUAAGAGGGGAUGUAGCGAAAAAUUAUUAUUAGUGAAUGAAUAAAUAAAAUAGGAGGAGGCAAACAUUACAUCCUAAUAGGUUUCAGAUUUACUGGCUUGUGUCUCUUUGGGGAAAAUGCAUCUGUAAUAAAGUGAAACUGGGUUUUUAUUAAUAGUUUGGAAAUCAGACACGACACAAGAUAUACGACUGUUUAUAGAAAGUCUUACAAAAUAUUUUCAAAACCUUGAAUAAAAAGAACAUUGUAAGCAUAUGCUUCUGCCAAAUAUACAGAGUUGCAUAUUAUGUUACAAAAGAUAAAAUAAAAGGAGAUUACGUUAGCUUGUUGCUUGUCCGCCUUAUUGUUUCGCUUGUUUCCAUUACAUGGCUUAAAACAAUGAUAGACAGACAACACAA